AAAACGGAUCCUUCACAGUAUAUUACCAUACAGAGGGAAUAUAUAUAGUUGACAAUUCUAUGCACUUGCACUCUUGGUUCCAUACAUAUAGGAGCUGCUUCUCUUUGCCAUAAACAUAUACACACAACUGAAAUUUUGACACAACAAAGCAUGGCUAUCAAAGAGGAUGUAGAGAAAGCUAACAAUAGUGCCCAAGAAGAGAUAAGAGAACCACUGAUUCAGGGAGCGAAGAAUCCGGCCGACGAAGAAGAUGGUUCUGAUAUCCACAAUAGAAGUCAAGGGAAUCACACCAUGGUUUACAUUAGCACAUUUGUGGCAGUUUGUGGUUCAUAUGCAUUUGGAGCCGGUGUCGGAUACUCAUCGCCUACUCAGGAUUCUAUCAGGGAAGAUCUCUCUCUGUCUCUGGGUGAGUAUUCAGUGUUUGGUUCCAUAUUGACCUUCGGAGCGAUGAUUGGCGCAGUCACAAGCGGGCCUAUUGCUGAUUUUAUCGGUCGAAAAGGGGCCAUGAGGGUGGCUACUGCUUUCUGUGUUGCUGGGUGGCUUGCUAUUUACUUUUCUGAGGGAGUAUGGCCUUUGGACAUUGGGAGACUGGCUACAGGAUAUGGAAUGGGAGUCUAUUCUUAUGUGGUACCUGUUUUUAUAGCAGAACUCGCACCCAAAAACCUCCGCGGAGCACUCACAACAGCAAACCAGAUUAUGAUCUGUACUGGAGUGUCUGUUUCCUUUAUGAUAGGGACAGUCCUAACCUGGAGGACUCUAGCAUUAACCGGACUUGUUCCGUGUGCCAUUCUUGUCGGUGGUCUCUUUUUCAUUCCUGAGUCUCCCAGAUGGCUGGCAAAGUGCGGUCGCCAGAAAGAGUUCGAAACUGCACUUCGGAAACUUCGCGGCAAGGAUACUGAUAUCACUGACGAGGCAGCCGAAAUCCAGGAUUACAUAGAAACUCUUGAGCGUCUCCCGAAAGCCAAACUCCUUGAUUUGUUCCAGAGGAGAUACAUACGCUCAGUCAUUAUAGGAGUUGGGUUGAUGGUUUUUCAACAAUUUGGGGGCAUCAAUGGAAUCUGCUUCUAUGUCAGCAGUAUUUUUGAAUCAGCAGGAUUCUCUGCCAGUGUUGGAACAAUAACCUAUGCCAUCCUUCAGGUUGUGGUUACUGCCCUAAAUGCAGUUGUGAUAGAUAAACUUGGAAGAAAGCCUCUCUUAUUGGUUUCUGCAACCGGAUUGUUCAUCGCCUGUUUACUUGCUGGACUUUCAUUCUACCUGAAGGCUCACGACUUGGCCCUCAAUGCAGUUCCAGCACUCACUGUAAUUGGCAUACUGCUAUACAUAGUAUCCUUUUCCGCAGGAAUGGGUGCGGUACCUUGGGUUAUGAUGUCUGAGAUAUUUCCUAUCAAUAUUAAAGGAGCAGCUGGAAGCCUUGUAACAUUAGUGAACUGGUCUGGUGCUUGGGCAGUUUCCUACACUUUCAACUACCUUAUAUCUUGGAGCUCCUAUGGCACAUAUCUUCUUUACGCAGCGAUCAACGCAUUGGCCAUAGUGUUUGUGAUCACAGUGGUACCUGAAACAAAAGGAAAAACCCUGGAACAGAUUCAAUCUUCCAUUGAUGGAAAAUAGAAGAACAGAAAUGAAUAAACAUCAUUCUUCCCUGGAGAAUGCCUUGAAGCCAAUUAAGGACAAGGUAUGAUGCUGCCAACAGAAACAACGGAUUCUGGGAAAGGUAUUAUUUGAAUUAAAGCAAUUUUUUUGCCACAAGAUGAAGAGGAUGGGAUAUCGAGACCCAAAUAGCGCAAAGGACUCAGAUUGGUUCUGCAAUUGCUAGAACAUUGUAUGAGAUGUUAUUUUCCAUUAAUAAUAAAGAUUUUAGAUUGAUUGCAUCUUCACAUUUUCAAAA